CGCGCGCAGAGCAAGGAAGCAGUGGAGACAAACGCAGGACAAUGGUUGGGAUGACUCCUCAUUCGUGCGCUUAAAUGUCAACUCCAGCUAGGACAAGGUAACCUUGCGUGGCAUUGCAUGAGUGGAGCAGUGGAGCAGCUCAAGUCGAGUUUGGACUACACCUGCUCGUCAAAUCUACGUGAGUCGUUCCUCGCUUCUUGGAUAGCCACCCCCUUCCAAAAAAAGGAGUUUUUUUUAAGCGAGGAAGAAGACGAAGAUAUUCUAUUUUGUUUUUUGGGAAGUGGGAGAGGCGGGGAAGCUGAGGACUUUGGAUCGGAGUCUGCACUGGAUUGAUGGCGUCUGCACCGUCCUCCUCGUCAGAUGGCGAUCCGGAUCCCAACGCGACAAAUUUACGGCCACCGGGCUCAAGCUAUGACGCCUGGUGUGGAGUUGCUCAUGGGUGUACAAGAAAACUGGGAAUGAAGAUUUGUGGUUUCUUGCAGAAGAAUAACAACGUGGAGGACAGGAGCAGGUUCGUGGGCUCGUUCAAGGAGCGCGCGGCCAGGAGUCUCAUGCUCACGUGCGACAACAGCGGCGGGGGCGCGCAUUUCACACGCACGGAGAUGGACUUCUCCAACCUGUUUGCUAGAGAGCUGUUACCUGCCAAAAAUGGAGAGGAGCCCACAAUGCAGUUCUUGCUGGAGGUGGUGGAAAUCCUCACCACCUACAUCCGCAAAACCUUCGACAGAUCCACCAAGGUCCUGGACUUCCACCACCCGCACCAGCUGUUGGAGGGGAUGGAGGGCUUCAACUUGGAGCUCUCGGACCAGCCCGAGUCCCUGGAGCAGAUCCUGGUGGACUGUCGGGACACUCUAAAGUAUGGCGUGAGGACAGGUCAUCCCAGAUUCUUCAAUCAACUCUCCACUGGGUUGGAUAUUAUCGGCUUGGCAGGAGAGUGGCUCACUUCGACGGCCAACACCAACAUGUUCACCUAUGAAAUCGCGCCCGUCUUCGUACUGAUGGAGCAGCUAACAUUGAAAAAAAUGCGAGAAUUCAUCGGCUGGCCCGAGGGGGAGGGGGAUGGAAUCUUUUCUCCAGGAGGAGCCAUCUCCAACAUGUACGGCGUGAUGAUUGCACGCUAUAAGUUCUUCCCUGAGGUGAAAAGUAAAGGCAUGGCAGCUGCACCUCCACUGGUCCUCUUCACCUCUGAGCAUAGCCAUUACUCAAUCAAAAAGGCCAGCGCGGCUUUGGGAUUUGGAACGGACAACUUGAUUCUGCUCAGGACAGAUGAGAGAGGAAGAGUCAUUCCGGCUGAUUUGGAAGCCAAAGUAAUUGAAACCAAGCAAAAGGGCUUUGUCCCCAUGUACGUGAACGCCACGGCCGGCACCACGGUCUACGGAGCCUUCGAUCCCAUCGGUGAAAUUGCUGACAUCUGUGAAAAAUACAACAUGUGGCUUCAUGUGGACGGUGCAUGGGGAGGAGGUUUGCUGAUGUCGAGGAAACACAGACACAAGCUGAAUGGAGUCCACAGAGCCAACUCGGUAACCUGGAACCCUCACAAGAUGAUGGGCGUGCCUCUGCAGUGUUCCGCCAUAUUGGUCAGGGAAAAGGGUUUAUUACAAGGCUGCAACUCCAUGUGCGCUGGCUACCUCUUCCAGCCAGACAAGCAGUACGACAUAGCGUACGACACGGGAGACAAGGCCAUUCAGUGCGGUCGCCAUGUUGACAUCUUCAAAUUCUGGCUCAUGUGGAAGGCAAAGGGCACGGUGGGAUUCGAACAACAUAUCGACAGAUGUCUGGAUCUGUCAUCAUACCUUUACUACAAAAUCAAAGACAGAGAAGGCUUUGAGAUGGUUUUCAACACUGAGCCGCAGCACACCAACGUAUGCUUCUGGUACCUUCCGCUGAGUCUCCGCGGAAUGCCUGCUGGGAAAGAGAGACAAGAGAGGUUGCACAAGGUGGCCCCAAAAAUCAAGGCCAUGAUGAUGGAGUCCGGCAGCACGAUGGUGGGCUACCAGCCUCAAGGAGAGAAAGUCAACUUCUUCCGCAUGGUCAUCUCCAACGCCGCUGCUACGAGGUCAGAUAUUGACUUCCUGGUAGAGGAAAUCGAAAGACUCGGGCAGGAUUUGUAAGAGUCCCGCGUGCGUUGCGAAAUGUCAUACACACUGGAGGACACAUCAUUAGGUACGCCUGCACAAUAUAAGAGCUGUGUCCGCGCUCAUGAUUCGGUGUACCUAAUGUUGUGGCCUUUGAUAGACAAGUUUGGAGCAUUUGCUCUUAUCUACUGAAGAGUUACCAUACACCAAUAAUGUCAUGUACUCUAUGCAGAAUAGUUUAGAAGAUGAACGUUAAAAAUUAUAUAUAUAUAUAUAUAUAUAUGGGAAAAAAAGAGCACAACCUUCUAGCAUUAACAUGUAAGUUAUGCAUAUUACAGUCUAUAUGUAUGUUGAUGGACCAUGUUUAUGUCUUGCUCAAGUCAAUCAUUCCCUUGGACAUCACAUUGGUGGUCAUUUGAAAGUGUAAACAGUAACAUGUAUUUAUUAUGGCUGUCUUUUUAGAUAUUUUCUGUGUAGAUUGUGUAUAGUAUUGUUACAAAAUAUGUGUUUUAUGGUGACCAAACCUGAUGUGAAAAUCAACUAUACUCUGUAACUUUAUUUUAACUAUAAGAAUAUACAGUAAUUGUGAAUAUUUAAUCGACGAUUAUUUUCCAUGUGUAAAAUAGUUUUUUGUCAUGUUUGUUGUUUUAUAGUUCAAUGUUUUUGGAUGUCUUUUAUGUGCGUUAGUGAACCAAAGAUGGGUUGAGUUCUAUUAACGAAAGUGUUCAUCACCCUUAUGGAUAAAAACACAUGUUUAUAGAAGGAAACUUUAACUGUGCAAUAGCGAUACGUGUCGUGUUAACUGUGCAAAGUGGUUUUGUCGGAAGAAAAGCACAAUGCUACAAUGCUAACGACAACGAUUGUUUCUACGUUCACGUGUUCGUCCGAGUGGCAACCACGAUACGCAACAUACUCUCGCCAAGGUCACUCUUUUUGUGUGGAAAACUUGACGAGUAUUUAUCAUGAUGAAUUUAGCUUGCGCAGUUUGCUGUUGUACUAAGAAAAACUAAAUAACAUUCCGGAAUCAGAUGAAAUGUCAAUGUAGGCACUUUAACUUCUCAUUUCUGUUGUAACUGCAGUUCUAAUAAAGAUUAAGAGCUGUUGA